UUUGUUUACUUCGAUGGUUGUGUAAAAAAACUCUAGCUUCUUCUCUCCCGGUCACAUUGUCUGCCUAAAUCGGACCCCUAUCUGCCGAAUAUGUGUGCCAUUUCAUUGAUUGACCAAUGCCGAAAUGUCCAGUGGCGUUACUUGCCAACUGACGCCUGCCGUAGCUGAGAUAUUCGGACAGAUUGGACGAAGGUUCAAUCGAUGUUGUUCUCGGCUGAGAUUGAAAACAGCUAAACUUAUAUCUAAACUUCACCGAGCUCCAUCACAACCAAACAGAUUUUUGUAUUUGCAUAUACACCCUGCAUAGACUCUUUGGAUUAAGGUGUUUAUAUAUAUAUAUAUAUAUAUAUAUAUAUAUAUAUACACACAUAUACAUCCUGCAUUUUACCCUUUGAGAGAAAAGGAGUUUUUGGGGUUUUUUUCCCCUCAGGAUUUUUCUGUUUGGAAAGCCUCCUUACAGAUUAGUUGAGACCCCUCAGGAAGAGAACUGUGAAACUACACCUGCUACCUGACACAUACAUCUUUAUACAUACAUACAUAUUGAUUUAUAGGACAUAUUGUGUUGUGUGUCUAUAUAUAUAGACAAUUAUAGAUGUUAUAUGCAGGCAUACAUAUACACAUCUAUACAUACAGAUUUUUACAUGGAAGACAGUCUCACUCUGUGAUCCCAAGAAUUCUCACAUAGUGCCAUCAGAUACAGGUUUGUCCAACUCACUUGAUUAUCAUAAGUAUUGCCCUUCAAUCUACACACACACACAAAUACACGUGUAUUGACGCUCAACAGCUUCGCAUAAAAACACAUUUACACACACAUGUAUAUAUAGUGAAUGGUGAUACUGUACUGGCUGAUUUUUUUUCAAUACUUGAAGAAUUCAGAAUUGUCUGAAGUGGUUCAACUUUUAUUCCACAAGUGUUCUGGUGUCGUUGAGGCACGUGACAAUUUAUAGAUGCUCCAUAGUGAUUAAGAAACCCAGUUCUUCAAUCAUUAAUCACAGAUCACUAAAUUAUCAGAUUAUCAUUAACAUCAUCAUCAUUAUUGAUACUGAUAAUCAACAACAGUAAUUAAAAGCAAAUAACUUUCCAAGAAUUUAAUCCUACAUUGAACUGCCAUUUCCUAAGAUAAUCCAUGAAUAUCUUGGUUCAGUGAAGAUUCUUGAGUUGGAUUUUGGAUGUUAAUAUCCAAACAACAAAGGAAGAGGAAUUAGAAAUUGUCUUAUUAUUGUCUACCAUUUUCUUGUUCUUUGUUGUUUAACAACAAAACUAAAGUAAAAAAAGACAUCAUCCAUGUUCUACAAGAUGUCGUUUUCUUCCAAGAAUCGUUAACUAAAUACAACUGAGUCUUUUCUUGAAUUACAUCCUGACAUGGCUGUGUGCAGCCAUUAGACUGAACUACGUCUGUUAUCUUUCCUGUAUGUGUUAGAUAGGGAGUUGCGAUGGAGGGAAAUAGUUGCAAUCAUAUUGGCCAUCAUCAUCACAAUCACCAUCACCAUAACCAUCACCAUGGACACACUCUUCACAACAGCAGCAGCGGUAAUCAACAAGCUGUCGUGCUGGCUGCUGCUAAUAUUGCAGGGGACAGUGGCAUGGCUCUGUCGGUGGCACCGGGGGCAACAUCCGACAAGCAGUACAAGUGUGACAUCUGUGGCAAGUGCCUGUCGCGAAGAGACCACUUGAAGCUCCACAAGAGGAUUCACACCGGUGAGCGCCCUUUCAAGUGUCAGAUCUGCGGCUGCGCGUUCUACCGCAGCGACCACCUGGCACGGCACCGAGGCACGCAUCAGCUGGAGAAGCGAUUCAGCUGCGAGAUCUGUCGCAAAACGUUUGUGCACCGGUCGUACCUGAAGGUGCACCAGAGGAUCCACACGGGCGAGCGGCCGUUCAGGUGUCAGAUCUGUGGGUUCGCCUUCUCCCGCAAAGACCACCUCGUCAAACACAAUCGGCCAAACAAGAACGGCAUCAAAAUAAGCUGCGUGCCGCUACGCAACAACAGCAACAACAACAACAACAACGUUACACUGGCAACAACAACAGCAAUCACAACAGAAGCCUCCCCAACACCAAUCAGCAGCAGUAACAACAACAACAGCAGUACUGGUGGUGGUGGUGGUGGUAGUAGUAGUAAUAGUAACAGUAGUAGUAGUAGUAGUAGUAGUUCUUCAAAUACCAAUAAUAAACCUAACAAAGACAAACAGACUAGCAGCACUACAGUUGCCGCUAACAGUAACUCCGGAGUGAAUACCAGUUGUGCUGUCAGUGUGAAUACAUCACAACACGCAGUGGUUGCUAGCCAACAAGCAAGUGCCUCGGUUGUCGACAUCUCCAGCCAACCACAGCACUCGGGAGUGAAUGUUAGCCACCACCUCAACUCGAACGUGGUGGCGAGCAGCACUCAAGCCACCUACCCGGCCGGCACUCAAGUCUAUCCGCUCUACACCCAGAUGAAUCCUGUCACACAUAUCUUUCCGAGCACAAUACAGAUAUCUCCGGCGACCACACAGAUCUUCCCUACCAUUCAAAUGUACCAAGGAGCCGUCACCGUCUCUGCCCCAGCGGCAGCACAGCUUUAUCAGACGAAAUAAAAAUAAAAAACAAAAACAAAAACAGACAGAAAACAAAUGAAAUUUUAAACCCCCGAGGAAGUUUUCAAAAAAAAGAAACGAAAAAAUGUAAAAACUGAAAUAUAAAACAACAAACUUGGAAAUGAAAUUUGGAAAACAAAAAAAACAAAUUGAAUUAAAAUUUUCCAAUUUUAAACGGAAAAUGAAGAAAUUAAAUAUGGUUCGUUGUGUUGAAUUGAAAAGAGAAUUGAUUAUUGAAAUGUGACAGGGUUUUGUCACAAACCCCUUAAGUAAACAGCCCUCUACACACACACUCACACCCCUACUCGGCACGCACACACUCUGAACUUGUGGUUUCCCAUUGUCUGCAAACUGUAGAUAUUUAAUCAUCAGUUAAUCCAAGUGGAUUACCACCAUUUCAAUAGGUUAUGAAUUUACAACCUCAACAAACUAGACUUUCAUAUUCCUUUCUGACAAUGUGACUCUUAACCUUCACCCUGCUAAGACGACUCUCAUACUCCACUCUGACAGUGUGACUCUCAUACUCCAGUCCGACAGUGUGACUCACACUCCACUCCAACAGUGUGACUCUGAUAGCAUGACUCUCAUACUCCACUCCACUAGUGUGACUCUCAUACUCCACUCCAACAGUGUGACUCUGAUAUUCCACUCCAACAGUGUGACUCAUACUCAAGUCCGACAGUGAUUCUCAUGUCACUCCAGCAGCAUAACUCUCAUACUCCACUCCAACAGUGUGACUCUCAUACUCCACUCCAACAGUGUGACUCAUACUCCACUUGAACAGUGUGGCUCAGUGUGACUUAUACUCAAGUCCGACAGAGUGAUUCUCAUAUGUCAUUCCAGCAGCAUAACUCUCAUACUCCACUCCAACAGUGUGACUCUCAUAUUCAACUCCAACAAUUUGAUUCUCAUACUUGAUUCUGACAGGCGUCUGCUUCCAAAACAUUGUUACAUCAGUCAAUUCUGUUGAUGUUGGUUUGGUAUCAGAUGUUGGUGGAGGAGAGAUGGAAGAGAGAGAGAGGGACAGAGAGAGAGAAAGAGGGGGUAAUGGUAGUUCCAUGGUUCACAAAACUUUGCUAAUUUUCUCAAUAUGUUUUUUGUGAGAAAACAAAAGUUCCAUUCUACAAUUCACCACUUCUGCUAAACAUGCAGAGACAGAUAUGCUUUAAGGUGGUGCCCCUGCAUGGCCACAGUCACUGUAUGUGUGUGCAUGUUUGUAUAAGCUAAUAAUGUAUGCAUGUAUGUAUAUAUGUGUACAUAUAUAUAUAAAUGAAAUAUAUAAUACACUUAAAGUAUUAUACAUAUAAUGUGUAUCAUGGUAAAAUGAACAUUUUAUACAUGUAUAUAUAUGCCAUGUAAAAAGCACUGGUGCUGGUACCACAUGAAAUACUCUGGCGAUGGUGCCAUGUAAAAAACACAGGCAGUGAUGCCACAUAAAAAGCACCCUGUAGAGUGGUUGGCGUCAGGAAGGACAUCCAGCCAUAGAAGCCAUGUAAAAAUGAACUUUGGGACCUGGUGCAGCUCUUUGGCUUUCCAGCUCUUGUUAAACCAUCCAAGUCAUGUCAGCAUGGAAAACAGAUGUUAAAUGAUGACAACGAUAUGUGUGUGUGUGUGUGAAUAUAUAUAUGUAUAUAUAUGCAGUGUAUGAGGAUAAAAAAGCCAGGGUGUUGAUCCGCUAAAAACUGAUUAACAUAUUGCAAACAGUCUUCUCAUUCCCCACCCCCCUGCUAAAUGCUAUCUCCCUCCCUCCCUCCUUCCACCUCUCUCUGUCUCUCUUUCGUGGAUGUAACUCAACUCUUCUGGGGUCAGUUCUUGCACACUCUUAAAACCUGCUCUAGCCUGGUCACAGAUGGGCUGUGAAUGACAAGAUUGGAUUUUGUUAUUUUUGGGUUUUUUUUAAUCAACCAGGCUUUGUUUCUCUAGUUUUAUAUUAUUAUUAUUAUGUAUACAUAUGGGGUGGGGUUUUUUCCUUCUCUUUCUCGCCAUUAUUUUGGGUGAGGGGGCAGUCAAUGGAUAACGUGAGGGUGUGUGGAGCCAAUGGACAAGAGUCGGUGUCAGAUACUGGACAAUAUAAAUGACUGCUAGGUUUUAUUUUAUUUUAUUUUUUAAUGGCAAAAAUAAAUAAUUUGAAAAAGAGAAAAAAAAUAACCAUUUGCUGUUUGUA